AUGGCCUUUCCAUCCCUCACUGUCCUAGGAAUCUUCCUCGUGAGUGUCGCAGCCAAUCAAGUACCUCUGGGUCCCGACCUUCAAUUUGACAAUCACGAAAACAUCACUGGGUUCCGUGUCGACCUCGACGCUCUGCGACUUGUACAGUUCGCGCCGCAAGAAGCCCCAGUGUGGAUCACGGAAAGAGAGAAGCUGAGGGCAAGGGCCACUGGUCAAACGUUCUUCGACAUCACGAACCAUCCUCACCUCGGAUCCUUCUCGCCCAAGGAGCGUUUCUCCUACCCCGAUACCGCCAAAGCAGUCGAUGUCGUCCGCACGAUCGUUCCUGUCCUAUCCACUACGUAUCUCGCGGAAACCCUUGCAUAUUUCUCUUCAUUUCGGACACGGUACUACAACUCUGAUACUGGGAAAGCUAGUUCCGAAUGGCUAUUACAGAAAAUUCAGAACUACACAAACGAGCUUGCAAGCGAGGAGCAAAGGGCGAUGAUUACCGUCAAACCGUUCACACAUUCUUGGUUGCAGACCUCCGUUAUCAUCCGAUUUGCAUCACUUGGUGUUCAAGACACAGAUCCUACGACAAUUAUCGGUGCUCAUUGUGAUAGCUUGAAUCUGGCUAAUCCAUUCGGACCUGCUCCUGGUGCUGACGAUGACGGCUCUGGGACUGUCACCAUUCUGGAGGCUUACAGAGCCCUUCUGGUUGCCAACUAUAUACCUGCAUCGCCUCUGGAGUUUCACUUCUAUGCCGCUGAAGAGGGUGGUCUCCUUGGGUCGCAGGACAUUGUAGCGGUAUAUGAAAAGGCAAGUCAAAGAGUCAAGGCUAUGCAGCAGUACGACAUGACAGCAUGGGUCAAGACUGGCACGACUGAAGCGGUUAGCGUCAUGACCAACAAUAUCGACCGUGACCUUACAGAAUUUCAGAAGAGACUUAUCGAAACGUACCUGGAUAUUCCAUGGGUGGAAAGCGCGUAUCCGGGUUAUGGCGCUAGUGACCACAAUACUUGGACGAAGGCGGGUUACCAGGCAUGCCAUUGCACAGAAGGCAAAUGGCUGAAUAUGAAUCGGGGUAACGUGCAUAGACCUACGGACCGAAUAGAUAUUUCACCAGAAUUUUCAUUCGAUCAUAUGCUCCAGUUUUCAAAGCUUGCAGUGGCCUUUAGCGUCGAGCUGUCAAAUUACUAA